GGGGGGGAGUUGGGACGACACAACACACACACACGCAGCGCGAAACCAAACCAAGGGAAGAGAGCUUUGUGAAGCUCGACAUUGGUUGAACGGCCAUCUUGGCGUAUCGCGUGCGCGGAGCAAGCGGCCUCUUGUUUCUUCAGCGUCUAUCGUCCGUCCGUCGGCCAGUCUUUCGGCGACCUGCGAACGAGCAAACCAAUUGAGCCUUCGUGCAUUCCGAGAGUCUUCGUUGAUUACCCACAUACCUACAUUCAGCGAGCUAAGCGAGCCAUUUGGUGGUGUCCUCUCCUCCUCGUAGACGAGAGCGAAGGAGACCAUUAAACCUACGUCCGAUAUAUAUACACACAUAUAUAUUGUGCUGGUUAGCAGCAGCGUUUAAGAUAAUAUCUAGAUACACUGUGUCUGGUUCAAAAUGAUGUCAACAGAAUCCCAUAUGAAUUCUAACCACCACGUUUUGAGUUCUGCUCUGAGUUUGAAGUCAGACCUUGAGAAGAUGGAUGACGUUGGUUGGAAAGCCAAGCUAAAAAUUCCACCAAAGGACAAGCGUAUCAAGACAAGCGAUGUCACAGACACUCGUGGAAACGAAUUCGAAGAGUUUUGUCUGAAGCGCGAACUCCUUAUGGGAAUUUUUGAGAAGGGCUGGGAAAAGCCCUCACCCAUUCAGGAAGCCAGUAUUCCCAUUGCACUUUCCGGCAAAGACGUUUUGGCACGUGCCAAAAAUGGAACUGGCAAAACUGGAGCUUACUCAAUUCCUGUUCUAGAACAGGUUGACGCUACAAAAGACGUUAUUCAAUCACUGAUUAUUGUGCCUACCCGUGAGUUGGCACUGCAGACGUCACAAAUUCUAAUUCAACUUGCAAAGCACAUGGAUGUCAAAGUGAUGGUUUCCACCGGUGGCACUAACUUGCGCGAUGAUAUUAUGAGGAUUUAUCAAAAAGUACAUGUGAUAAUAGCCACACCUGGAAGAAUUCUUGAUCUCAUGGAUAAAAAUGUUGCCGAUAUGGAGCACUGCAGAAUUUUGGUUUUAGAUGAGGCUGACAAGCUUCUGUCACAAGAUUUCAAAGGAAUGUUGGAUCACGUGAUUUCCAGAUUACCCCAAGAACGUCAGAUCUUGCUGUAUUCAGCAACUUUCCCAUUGACGGUAAAACAAUUUAUGGAAAAGCACUUGAGAGAUCCCUACGAAAUUAACUUGAUGGAAGAGCUCACACUGAAAGGCGUGACACAAUACUAUGCUUUUGUGCAGGAACGUCAGAAAGUGCACUGCCUCAAUACACUAUUUUCCAAGUUACAAAUUAAUCAAAGCAUAAUAUUCUGCAACACAACGCAGCGCGUUGAGUUAUUGGCAAAAAAGAUCACAGAUUUGGGUUAUUGCUGUUAUUACAUACACGCCAAGAUGGCGCAAGCACACAGAAACCGUGUAUUCCAUGACUUCCGGAAUGGACUUUGCCGAAAUUUGGUCUGCAGUGACUUGUUCACGCGUGGUAUCGACGUUCAGGCUGUGAACGUGGUAAUCAACUUCGACUUCCCCAAGAUGGCAGAAACGUAUUUGCACCGUAUCGGUCGUUCGGGCAGGUUCGGCCAUCUGGGUAUUGCAAUCAAUCUAAUUACGUAUGAGGAUCGCUUCAACUUGCACCGCAUCGAGCAGGAGCUUGGUACCGAGAUCAAGCCCAUCCCUAAAGUGAUCGAUCCGUGCUUGUACGUAUCAAGGCAGGAUGAGAAUAAUAGCCUGGAAGAGAGCAACGUGUCCAAGUAGUUCUAUUAAGCGCAAUCAUAUGGCCCUGUGCCCUCCCACCAACGAUGAUAAUAAUACAUUUAUGUAUUAUCAAUCGCUCAAAACAGAGAGAGAUAUAUAUAUAUUUAGAGAGAGAGAAAGAAAAAAAUUUACGGUGUGACCAGUGAUUGUGACUUUCAGAAGUUGAAAAAAUUCUCAUUUCGAAGAUUCACGUACGUAUGUGCACGUCCAAUGAUUUAUCGAUGCGGUGCGCGUGCUACCUUUGAACAAUUUCUUUUUUUUUUUUUUCCUCGAAAAAGUGAGAUCAAAAAAACGUUUUGUGUUACUUAAGUCUGAGGGUGAGUCGAAAAAAACAACCACAUUAAUGAACUAAAGUUCUACUCCCGAUUUUUCGCGCGUGUAAAGAACGCAACACAAACAAAAAUAAGACAAGUACUGUCAGUGCUACAAAAAAAAUCUAAUGCAAAAAAGUGUUUUGAACAUUCGAUUUGCGUGUAGAAACAACAAAACAAUGAAUUUAAUGCAAAAUCAUGAAAAACAAUUUUAGUCGUAAUAAGCAAAGAUAAAAAAAAGUUACUUGUAAAUAAGGUAUUACUUGAGCAUGAAAAAAAAAAUUUAAUCAUAAUGUGCUCUGCGCUUAGCGACUUCGGUGAUUGAACAGUGAUUUUGGAGUGCCAGUGCUGAGUCAUACUUUGUAUAUAAAUUUAAAUGUAAAUACUAUGAUAUAGCAUAAAAUCAAGCCACUGUCCGCAAUAACAAAUAAUUAAGUAUCGUAAUGAUAUGUACAAAGAGAAAAUGGAUUAAAUAGUUAACAUCGAUUGCUUCAUUGCAUUAUCACAAGUGUAAAUAUAUUUACGUCGAAAAAAGAGAAAGAAUCGUUACAGGCGCCCAUUUAAACAUCGAUUUUUGUAUAUGUUCAUACGCAUAAUUUUUGAUCUUGAGUAUAUUUAUGGUCGACUAAACUGCUAAGUGAUGAAUUAUCGUAAAGAUAUUGCGUAAAAAUGAUGUACAGUUAGAGAUCACAAGUCUAUUCCCAAUAAUUAUCAUACGUCAGCGCAUACAUACUCUUUGAUUUAGCGAAAGUGUGAAAUCGUAAAAUCGUACCAACUGAUUGACCGUGGCUUGAUUUUAUAUGCUUUAAUAUAUACUGUCUACACAACUCUGAAAUUCAAUCGAUUUUCAAAUCUUUCGUACAAAAUACAAGAAUGAAAGGUUGUUUUUCUCAUGGAUCACCGAUGAUCCUGUUGGCUGAUUUUUAUUAGAAAAAAAAAUUUCUUUUUCUUUUCUUGGUUUGAUCUCGUACAUUCGAAUUUUUUUUUAUUAAAAUGAUUGAACGUCAGAGAUUGUAAAAUGACUAGUUUUGUACAAUUAUUUUUAUAAAGUAAACUGGCUGGUGGUCGGUAAUCUUUUUUCCAUCAAAAAUACAUCAUUUCGUCUUGCACUCUUUUAUGCGUAAAUUAAUAUAUCUCCGUCAUUCUGAUGCAUAGUACUUUAGUGGUAACGAAAAACCUUGGCAUUCGUAUAGUAAGGUACGCAUAAUCGUUCAGUUUUCUUGAAUCCUUUAGUGAGAUUUGCAAGUUUAUUUGGUUGAUUUUUAAAUUUUACUGUGUAAAGUUGAUAAAUUUUUUUCUACUUCAAUGAAAUUAAAAAUGAAAUGCGCCUAUUGUGAUUAAAACUUUUUUAUUAACUAACAAAAUGGAUUUUAAACUAUAAAGUAUAUGAAUUUGCCAAAUAUUCUGUGAAAUCACCGAAAAACGAGUCGAUCAGUCAAGAAUGUAAGACCUUUCGAUUUUUAGCGUCGAUCCAUUGAGUAAUAGUUGAAUUAUUCGAACAAAUCAUUAAAAGAUAUCGUCACUAUUUCCCCGCGAUUUUACAAGAAAAAAAAUCCAAAACCCUAGGAAAGAGGAAGAAAAAUCUUUUCGAAAGAUUACACCAUAAUACAAAUCAGUGUACACCACCAGCCAAGUGACGUAGAUUUACGCGAGAAAAAAAUAGAAGUAAAGAAAAAAAGAAAGAAAGAAUUUGCUAAAAACAGAAACUUCUUAACCGGUGAAAUCCGACUUCUCUUUUUCUUUGUUUGUUUUUUCUUUUUUUCGUUUCUUCGUUUCACAACGAAAGUUUACCUCUUUCGGCUUUCACUGUGAAAAGAGAAACAAACAUUAUUUCCUAUGUACAAUUUAAAAAGAAUAGAGGAUGUGCACGCGAGUGAUGUGAGAACGGUUUGCAAUGCUUUUACGAUUGUAAUGCUGUUAGCGAUUGCAAAAAUUCUAAUUUUAAAUCUUAAGAUGAUUUUUUACGAGACGAGAAAUAAUUCAACAUAACAAGUUAGUGGGAGGUAAAAAAGAAUACAACAAACUUUUGUGGACAAAUUGAGGCUUUGAAACUUGUGAUGUAUAAAACCGUUGCAUAAAACUAACAUGAGGAAGAAUAACAUUUUUCAAAGUGUCGCGAGUACUCGUAAGUAAUGCACAAAUUCACGACGUAUAAUUAAAGUUACGAGUUUGUUGAAAGUAUUGUCGACCUAUGUGACGCCCGAAAUAAAUUUGCAAUUCAAGAAAGGAAUAAAACUCUUGAGAGAAGAGCAUCCGAGAUAUAAAUAUUUCUCACGUUUAAUUUUUUUUGUUUCGUAUUAUUUCGCAUUAUAAAAUAUUUGGUAAAUAAUAAUUUGAUCGAUUUUCCUUGUAAAUAUUAUAAAUAUAUAUAUAUAUACCGAGCGGAGUAUAAAAAAUACGAGACGACCACACAGAUACUAUCUAUGAAUUCGGCAGCGUGCGGUGUCUGGAGAAAAAUGAUUAUUCUGGCGGUUAUUCGCCGUCGGAAAAAAGACUGUAUAAAUAUAUAUGUAUAAAAAUAUGAUAAUAUAUAAUGAUAAAAGUACAUUUAAUACACGAUUAUGAGACUAAACGCAUUACUAACCGUUCCGUGUGACGCGUUCAUCCUCGAUUGAUGAAACAAUCCUUGCGCUUGGAAAACAAAAAAAACUACCAUCACUUCGGGCAAUACAAUCAGCUGUCUCAAGGGUUCGGCUUUUCUCGUUGGCUUUUUUUCUACAUUUCGCUAUUCACGUGCACAUGACGAUUGUCCCGUAAUUCAAAAUUGAAAUUGCCAAAGUGAGCUUUAAAGCGAACGAGCGAGUGGCCGACUUUACGACCCUUUUUGAUGAACGAAGUUGCAAAGUGCGUGAUAAUCAGCGAUCAAAGUGAGCGAUGAUAUACAUUUAUAGAUAAAAAGCGAGUGUUCGUGCGUUUCUGUGCGUAUGUAUUAUGCGAGAGAGAUAUUUGUGUGACUGCAAGCGUUUGAUAAACCAAUCAAUCGAUUCCAUGCGUACAGAGGUUCAAACAAUGGACCUUUUUUUCCAGGGAAUGCUUGUGCGUCGUGCGUGUUACCUAUUUCGUCCGUUAGGACGAGCGAACGUUUAUUAUAUGAAACAAGCGAUUGAAGUAAGAAAGGAGAGUGUGCUUCUGCGCGAGUAUGAUUUUCGUAUAUGUCUAAUGUAUAUACUAUGUAUUGCGUGUACGCGCAGCUUGCGCGUGCAUACACACGUUGGUCGUUAAUUUUCGAUUAGUUAGAUGGCCACAUCACCUUCGAAAUUAUCGGUAAUUUACUCCCACCCCCUUCCCUACUUUUCCACCCAUUAAAAUCCCCUGCGCGUUUUUCGAUAAUUUCCUCUUUCUUUCAUAAAUUUCGUUCCCCUAUUCCCUUCUUUUCUUCCGCUGAAACCAUUGUUUUGCGGGUAGUUCUUAAAUUUAUACUUUUUUGUUCCUUUUUUUUUCUACUUCUGUGGCGAUGUUACUCGCAAAAAAAGAAAUCUUGUAAAACAAAAAAAAAAAAAAAAAAACACGAGAGGCUGGUUGUCGAUGGGAUGAGUCUUGUUGAAAUCCGUCUAGUACUGUCAUACAUCGUAUAGAUGCUAAAAUACCAAAAUUCUUGUGCACUCGUAGUAGCCAGCCUCUCUUGCGCAUUCCGAGGAGAUGAACGACAAAUCUGUUGAAAAUUCCAUCAAGUUUCAUCUCUCCUCCCUGACAAACUUUGUACUCUUAGAGUUAAUAACAUCAUUUCGAGAGACAUUGCGCAGUCUCUACUGUCAUAACAGCGACAAAAAAAAAGUGAAAAAUUAAGGCUUGUGGCGUUGUAACCAUCACAGGGGCGUACGGUAUUUUUUAUUGUACGCAAAGUGAUUGUUGGCGUUGUUAUUAGUGAUGGAUAAAGAUCGGGUACAGCUUGCGCGGAGCUUUGUGCAACAACCGAGAAUGCUCCGAUUGUACGCAUUUUUUUUUUUUAUACCAUCUCGUGCGUGUGGUAAAAUCAAGCUUCGCACGCGCGGAAUAGUGAAUCUCGAGCAGUCCUCUAAAGCGUGUGCAAAGGAAACAUCUAGAGUGAUAUUGAUUAUAUUGUUAAAAUAGAGCUUGAGAUUCGUUGGUCCGCGAUUUUUUGCCUGCUAGAAAAAGUUCGAGGUAGACUUGGACGCUGUUUUGGAUAAAGUAUUCUUACUUUUGAAGAUGAGAGCAGACUUACUAUCUAGUUUUGUGGAUGCAAAACUCGAACUUUUCUUGCAUUGGUGGGUAUCUGCCCUAAAACCAUACCGGAAAGAAAAAAAAAUAAAAAGAAAAAAAAAAAA